AUGCCGGCAGGGCCCGGGGAUCCCACACUCCUGGGCGACCGCGGCGUGGAGACCAGGCUCACCCCCCUCGGGUCUGCCCCGCCUUGCCCCGGCACCCGGGCACGCGGCUCCUUUAAGGACUUCCUGCGCCCGCCCGCUUCCUUUUUCUCGCCCGCCUCGGCCGUCCCGACCCUCCGGGAGCGCGCCUGCGUCACCGCGCAGACCUCGGCCCCGCCCCGGCGCUCGCGCUUCCAGGGUGCGGUCGUCGCCGCGCUGAUCUUCGUCCCCGCGCAGCCCGUGCCAGGGCGAGCCAAUGACUGUGGCGAAUUGGGGCACCUAUUCACCCGCGCAGGGAUCCACGGUGGGCACCUGGAAGCUGCCAUCGACCUGAAGACGGAACUGGAAAGGGCCCUGAGGCGAUCGGGAGAGCUGGACAUCAAGCCUGAGGAGGGGCGCUGGAGGGAGGUGGCAGCCCCAGGGGACAGGGAUGAGGAUGAGGACGAGGAUGAUGGGGACUUUGUCGAGGUCCCAGAGAAGGAGGGGUAUGAGGCCUGCAUCCCCGACCACCUGCGGCCGGAGUAUGGUGAGUGCGGGGGGCUGGGAGGGGCUGGGUGGGGGCUGGAGAAAGACCCAGCUGCACUGGGCUUGCAGGCGAGGAAGAUGGCGAGGAGGGAUGAGGAGGCACGUGACCCCACCUCUGCUGCUGCCCAGCUGCAUCAGCUGCAUGGACGCUUGCCCCCCUCCCCGAGCCCCAGGGCACCUGUGGGACCGGACGAGGCUGGGAAGCUGGCAGCGGAGUGGGCCCGGGCGCCUGUCGUGCCCUUUGGGGUGGACCUGUGUUACUGGGGCCAGGAGCAGCCGAUGACAGGGAGGAUCCUCAAGCGUGACUCUGAGCACCGCUUCUGGAAGCCCAGCGAGGUGGAUGCGGAAGUGGACAGCGCCAGCGUCCCAGAGAUGUCGUGGAACCGCUGCAUCACCUUCGCGGGGAAGUUCGAGCCCGUGCGGCACCAGUGCCGCGCCCCGAGGCCCGACGGCCGGCUCUGCGAGCGCCAGGACCGACUGAAGUGCCCUUUCCAUGGGAAGAUCAUCCCCAGAGACGAGGCGGGCCGGCCCCUCCACCCGGAGGAUAGGGCCUGGGAACAGAGGCAGCAGCUGCGGAGACAGGCAGGGCGUGCAGGUUGGCAGGACCCCGAGUUUAUGAGAGAUGUGGAGGCUGCCACGGGAGUGGACCUUGGCUCGUCUAGGUCCAGCGGGAGAGGCAAGGGCAAGCGGAGGAAGCACCCUGGCCUCACCGACCUGAAGCAGCAGGCCGACACUGCCCGCGCACGCAUCGCCAAGAAGGUGUUUGCUAAAGCCGCUGUGCAGAGGGUGGUCACAGCCAUGAAUCAGAUGGACCGGAAGAAGCACGAGAAGUUUGCAAACCAGUUUAACUAUGCACUGACUUAGAGGGCCAGACUGGGUGUGUGUGGUCCCCUCUGGUCGUCUGCUCUUCUCCCUCGGCCAGGGGACCAGGAUCGGAGCGCAGACACAGGACUGGGCUGUAAGCACAGCCACUGUUGUUAUGUGUGUUUCGUGUGAGGAAAGAGUGUGUAUUC